GUCCGUUGUGCUUUCAGAGUGUCAGCCUCGAAAAUCUCCGUGUUCUAUACAAUUCAUGCUGCAGUUUGUUAACGGGACACUUAUGUGUCUGGCCAUAGAGCAAGGAAGAGCCUUACGAAAGCACUUGUGGUACAUGUAUUCAGAUCUAGGCUAGUGUAACCUUAAGUUAUCAUCAUGGCAUACUUUGGUGUUACCAUCUUGUGUGUAAUCUUCUCCAUCAUCAACGCGGAACAUUUUACCGAAGAUGAGAAAAAAGUGAUGGUUUCGACUCAUAAUUUGAUACGAUCCUCCGCAGAAGACCCUCCAGCUGCCAACAUGUUGCAAGUGAGAUGGGACGACUUUUUGGCAGCAAAAGCAAACAGCUGGGUGGAAAUGUGCCAAAAUAAGAACGACCGCUUCAUUAACAAAGACCCCGGAAUUUGGAAGCGGCUUGGCCAAAACAAUUGGGCCGGUAGUAUUGAAAACUUCGAAGCAUCCCCUGGUGUCCCUGCCUGGAUGUGGGUUAAGCAUGGACAAGAAUACUCCUUCAAGAGCAAAAGAUGCGACGAUAAAGUCUCCUUCAAAGAUUGCUCUGACUUUACCCAGGUUAUAAUGGCAACUACCGAGGCCAUUGGAUGCGCCAAGAUGAAAUGUCCUGAAGACGAACCCAAGGAGCUGUACGUGACAUGCUUCUACGGGCCUGGUGGAAGCUUGCUUUUCAAGAAUCCAUACGUGGUAGGCGACCCGUGUAGCAAGUGCCCCAAGAAGUACACUUGUAAUGACAAUCUGUGUGUGCCACCACCGCCUCCCUCUGAGCGUGAAUUGAUGGAGGAACUUCUUGGUUAUCUUCACGAAGAGUAGAUGAGACGUGGUUGGGCUGUUGUCAGAACUAAGCAAGACCAAUGGACACGAACUACACGCUACGUACAUCAGGCCUAGAAAUUACAAUGUUAUAUGCUUCGUACACGUUAACAGCUUCUUUUUACAUAAUCACUCCUAUUUCUUCAAGUAGAGAUUCCUUUGUGUGCUUUCUAAACAGAUAUAAGAUGUUUACUGAAUGCACAGAACAGAAAUAAUUGUGUUAAUAAGCUAUUAUAUAAUAAUAAAAAAAAAAACCUAACCCUAAUGUGUCAACAUUUCCACAUAAGCAAGGGAUCCCCCCCCCCCAAAAAAAAAAACAUUUUUUUUGUUUUUAAGUGACGUCGCAAUAAAGGCAGGCACGGCGUACACCACCAUCUUUUUCUCAAAAUAAUUUAGUUAAAAGUUGUCAAAAGUGGUUAAAAAUUGCCCCACGCCGUAUUUUUUGGACCCAUUUUUGAGGGACCAAAAUUUGUUUUGGCCCCCCCCCCCAAAAAAAAAAAAUUAGUGCAUACUUUGUUGAGUAAAAUAAAAACUUUCAGAAGUUUGUAUUAAUCAUUUCAUUGCGUACAUAGAUGAUUUUUCCUUUAGGGGUAUGAAGCGGGUGAUGGGGCUUGACCGCAUUGGAAUCUUUGACUCUUUUCAUUGUCCGUUCUUUCGUUUUAUUAUUAACAAAUGGUUUUACUAAUUUCAUGAGUGGAGAGGGUGAGUAGACAAUAAUAUCGAUUUAGAAAGUGUCAUCUUGAUUCCUUUUACUACUUUACUGUGAUAACGACAUUUGAAUAAACAUGAACAUUUCCAAUGUA